AUGCCUUUACUGCCAGCCUUGCAUACGCUAAGCCGGCGCGCGUCUGGAGAGACAGAGUCAUCGUCUCUGUUGCCGCUCUGGAUCAUCCUAGGUGUCGGUGUAGCUUUAGCGAUAGGCUGGUUCGCGCUCUCAUCUUGUCUUGGCGACAAUGCUCGUGAGGCGCUGACGGACCGCUUUCGAGGCCUCUUUUCUCGCAAGCGCGGCAACGGCAACGGCAGCGGUAACGGAAUGGGUGGUGCUGGAGGCAGUCGAACUGCAUAUGGGAGGAUGCGCGAUGAUGAAGCGGAAGCAUUCGACAUCAAUGCUGCCGAACACGAUCUGUACGACGAUCUCGAUGCGCCUCAUCAACGGUACGAUCACCACUCUUCCUCCUAUCCUCCAACAGGCGGGGCCAGCUCAUCCAAGUACGACAACGUAGACGAUGAUAUCUACGACCAUCAACGUCCAUGA